ACGCCAAUCAGGAACGGCGUCUCGGAAACAUCGCGAGAAUUGCAUUCGAACGCGGAAGCUACACGAGGUCAAGUUAUUUUAUAUCGAGAUGGUGUUUUGCUGUGAUGUUGGAUUUUUUGUAGUUGUUUGAAUUCUUUUUUUUUUUUUAAAAUUUAAAAAUGAGCUCUCAGAAAGGCAAUACUUCUCGGACGCGUGGUCAGAAAUACCAAAACGCGACUGCUUUCAAAAAUAAUAAGUAUGGGGCCAGUGUUCAGGUGAAGAUAGCAAGUGCCAAGGUCCAUGAUGGUGUCUGCCAGCACUGCAAAGACAUUUUGGAAUGGAAAGUGAAGUAUAACAAAUACAAACCUCUAACACAACCUCGGAAAUGUGUGAAGUGCCUGCAGAAGACUGUGAAAGAUGCCUACUACAUCAUCUGCAAGCCAUGUGCCCUGAGCAUGGGGGUAUGUUGCAAGUGUGGAAAGGAGAAGGACGUCGUCAUCCCGCUUCAUACUAAGCAGGAGGGAGAAGAAGAGGAAGGGUCUGGCCCAGCUUCAGAAGCCCAGAAGAAGAAAAGGAAAAGCAGCAGGGCCGAGGAUGACGAGCAUGAUGGCGACUUUGACUCAGGCAGUGAUUUGGACCAGUCUGACAGCAGCGAGGGGACAUUGGAUAGACAAAGCAAGGUCACAGUGCCCCAUAUCGCUUCUCUGAAGAUAUAGGACAUGAGCGGAGGCAUUUUGCUUUCUCUACCAAGUGUGUCUGUACUGUUUGAAGAUUUUGAGAUUAAAACUCCUUGUCUGGCUGAUGGAGCAUGGACAGUAUUCUUACUUGAAUGAGUGCCAGAUCUACAAGUGUCCUAAACCACAUUUCAGAGAUGAACAUAGCUCCAACGUAACAGUUAAUGUUAGUGUCCCCACAGAUGGAUAUUAUAUGUCCCUCUCUUUCCUGGAACACUGUUUUUGAAAUAUGUUACAAUGCUAAGGUAACAUUUAGUGCAAAGAACUGGCUUACUGAGUUGUGGUGAUUAAAAAAAAUACUCUAGUGAAAAGUAACGACAGACCGAAGAAUUCUUAUAUUGUGGGACAGGUAUUCUUUCUGACAGAUUCCAGGGUUUAACCACAAAAAAGACACUCUGCAGUGUGUUUGCAUCCUGUGGAAGCCUGGUUUCUCGGUUUCCUUUUUCAACUAUACAAAGUGGGCUUAACCUUCUUUUGUAAGGUAACAGUAUCCUUUAUAGUUCCUUUGUAACUAAAUUAAUAUUCUGUUCUGUAUGUGAUGAAACAGUUUAACUUAAUCUGUUGAUUACUUUUCAAUAAAAAAGUCUCUCUUUGUU